AUGGAUUUCAGUUCUUCUUUUCUCUUGCCAUGCGUGCUGGUGAUUCUGACCAUUAUUGAUGGUAGGGCUUACGCUGACAUGGACCGGCUCACUGGAAUCACUGGCAGCAAAAUUGUUUUCCCUUUAGAUCUUCAAAACCAAAGUGAUUUCUCAGUAAUAGCCAUAAAUGGAAUGAAGCACUCAGUACGCUUAUCAACAACAGACUGUUUCAAAUACGAUAGCCGACAGAUGUGCCUGAUAAAUGGGUCUCUGGAGUUGGAAAGCAUAUCACAAAAUGACGCAGGGUUGUAUCAGUUUUUUCCCCAAAACAAGAACAAAACUUUCUUGCUGACAGUCUUUGAGCCACCCCCAACUAUCCAUAUUCAUUGCCUACCUGGUGGCAAAGCAGAACUGUCCUGUGAAGAGGGCAAUCUCUUUAAAGAUGUUUACUGGACCCUGAAUGGGAGUCUUCUGAAUGAUUCAGACGUUUGCGUGAAAGAUGGUGGCAGGAAGAUUAGUCUGGAGAAAAGAGUAAAUGCAAAGCUGGUUUGCCACAGAAGAAACUCUUCUAUCCUCUUUUCCACUGAGUUGUUGUGUGAUGAUGGUGAUCUUCUGAAACACCCUCUGUUCCUCCUCAUUCUGGCAGCGUCUGGAGGGGCUGCAGUUCUUUUAGCUGUUAUUGCCUCCCUGAUUACGUGCUGCUGCAUGAAAAGCAAACAUAAUUUCAUUCCAGUGCCAGCAGAAGAUAAGGAAGAAGGGAUCACCCUGUCUGCCAUUUCCAGUGAAGGACCAAAGAGUUCCCCUAAUGGAGAACACUGUGAAGCUACAGAGACCCUAGCUGACAGCACCACCAAUCCAGGUCCUGGAAGACUCCAACAAGGGGCCAAGAUAGACCCAAAUCCUAAGGUGGAGCCGGAAACAGAACGAGGACACCAAACACAGGCAGAAGCUGCAACAGAAACUGAGUUUCAAGAGGUCAUGGUUGAUGCUGCAGCCCUGGAAGCAGCGAGUGACUGUUUCCCUGAUCCUGUUGAAGCUUGAUCAGAUGCAUUCCCUUUGCCCCUUCCUGAAGCCUUGGGAAGUGGUACCUCUUUGUUUCAGCUAUCAUCUGAUAACAAUACUGCCCUGUAAUCACCUGUAUACAGACAGCCAAGAGUGUAGCUUAAUUAAAAUAUGGUUCUCACAAGUCGUCCUCCUAAUAUGAACCCAGAUGUAAAAAUCACUCCCCACGCUCUAUAAUUUUCUUCUUUGAUCCCAUCUCUGUUUUCUAGGGUUAUUUAACCCCUGUAGUUAUCAGUUCUGCUUAAGCGUGGCCACACAGUUCCCACAAGAGAAUCCCAGGA